AUGCCAGCAUUCACCCUGUACGGCGCCCGAGGGUCCUCCAACACGGACCGUGUCCGCUUGACCCUGGCCGAGGGAGGCUUCACAGACUACGAUCUGGUCUUGCUCGACCUCGCCAAGGGCGAACAGAAAUCGCCUGAUAAUAUGGCCCGUCAUCCGUGGGGCAAGGUGCCCUCCGUGGUCUUUCCGGACGGCUUCACCCUCUUUGAGAGCCGUGCAAUCUGCAAGCACCUCGCCCAGCGGUAUUCUUUCCCGCUGCUACCAGCCGCAUCGGACCACAAGAACACAGCACUCUUCGAGCAAGCCCUUUGCAUCGAGAGCAGCUAUUUCGCAGAGCCCGCCGGCAAAAUCGGCUUCGAAAAGUUUGCCAAGAAGUUCAUGGGCUUGCCGGCGGACGAGGCCGUCGUCGCGCAGUCGGUGCAAGCGCUCGAGACCUUCUUUGACGUGGCGGAACGGAUCCUUCAGCACUCGGAUCACUACUACCUCAACGCCGAUAUGGAGAAGGCGACCGGCGAUGGCGUGUCACGCAACGUCAACGACUCGAUCGAAACGCUCGAAGGAGGCGUCGAGGGACUCGUGGUCGACAAGUAUCGCCCCAAACAUGACAUCAACUCUCGACAAGCGCAGAUGAUGGCCAUCGGGGGUGUUAUUGGCACUGGUCUCUUUGUUGGAACCGGCUCGAUCCUCGCAGUGGCUGGCCCGGCUCUGCUCGUGUCGGCCUUCGUGGUUGUCUGCUUCAUCUGUUUCUGUGUCGUUACGGCUACGACCGAAUUCAACGCAUACCUGCCAGUUCGGGGCGCCUCAGUCCCUUACUACGGGACACGCUUCGUCUCCAAGAGCCUCGGUUUCGCAAUGGGCUGGCUCUACUGUUACAUCUGGGCUAUAGCUGUCGCGUAUGAAAUCACCGCCGCAGCCAUUGUCAUCAAUUACUGGCCCAACACGGUCCCAACAGCGGUGUGGAUCACGAUCAUGCUAGUUGUCAUUGUGGCGCUCAAUUUCCUGCCAGUCAAGUACUACGCCGAGUCUGACUUUUGGUUCGCGUCGAUCAAAGUCUUCGCAAUUCUGGGACUGCUGGUCUUAUCGGUUGUCUUGUUCUUUGGAGGUGGGCCAGAUCGUCAGCCACUCUACUUCCGCUACUGGGGCCAGGAGCCCGCACACGAGUACCUCGUAGAAGGCAAGGCAGGCCAGGUCUGUGCCUUUAUAUUUGCAUUCUGCAACGCUGCAUUCAGCUUCCUAUUCGGUCCCGAAUUUGUGGUUUCUGCCUCGGGCGAGAUGAAGAACCCUCGCAAAGAUCUCCCGACGACAACAAAACACUUUGCCUGGCGGCUCAUCACCUUCUACGGCCUCGGCGCAAUUGCCAUCAGCAUCAUCUGCGACAGCCGCGAUCCAGCCCUGACCAGCCACGGCGUGGGCGCCGCUGCAUCCCCCUGGGUUCUGGGCAUCAAGAACGCCGGCAUCCGCGGCCUCGACAGCGUCAUCAACGCGGCCAUCAUCACAUCAGCAUGGUCCUCGGGCAACGCGCUCCUCUUCAUGUCCAGCCGAGCACUAUACUCGAUGGCGCUAGUCGGCCAAGCUCCGGCACUCUUCACGCGCUGCAACCGCUGGGGCGUGCCGUACUACGCGGUCGCCGCGCCCUCCCUGGUCGGCCUGCUGGCAUACAUGAACGUGAGCAACUCCUCAAGCGUCGUCUUCAUGUGGCUCGUCUCUUUUAUGAACAUGGCGGGCUACAUCAGCUGGAUCUGCUGCUGCGUGGUGUACAUCCGCUUCCGCAAGGCCUGCGAUGCGCAGGGCGUCCACAGCAGCAGCCUGCCCUACCGCAGCGUGCUACAGCCGUACGGGGCGUGGUUCGCGCUCGCAAUGGUGGUCAUCAUGGCGCUGCUCAACGGCUUCAACAACUUCUUCCCCGGCGGGUUCACGACCGCGGGCUUCCUGACCUCGUACCUGUGCCUCCCGAUCUUCUUCCUGCUGUAUUUCGGACACAAGGCCACAGUGUGGGGUGAGGCCUGGCUGAUUAGUCCCCAGGACGUGGACCUUCACACGGGUCUCGAGGAAUUGGACGCGCUAGACAAUGCUCGAGUAGAGGAUGGGGACAAAGUCGGUGGGAAACGGUCGAGGCUGCGCACGGUUACAGACAAAAUUUCGACGGUAUGGGGAUGGCGAUAAAAGAUCAUCUGCACUACACCAUGGCCUCUACAGCAAAGUGGAAUAGCAAGUGGCUGUGGAUUCUCUAGAAGGUGUUACCCGACUUCGGCUCUUUGUAACAUGCGCACGGCAGAAAUAAAGAUAUACAAGUUACGACU